AUAAAACGCUGACUUCGGGUGGCUGUAGAAAAAGGAUAAAAGGACUUGACAAAGGGGGCUGGUGGUCGGAGCCGGAGCAGAGAAAAGAGAGUGCGUGGUCGUCCAGCGCACCAAUGUCGUCGGAAAGACUUAUUCUGGCGGCGACUUCGUCGUCGUCUCAAUCCUUCCGUAGUUACAGUGCUCCCGAGCUGCCACCACCAAGAAUCUUCGACGAGCUUCCUAAGGCGACGGUGGUGUCAGUGUCUAGACCUGACGCCAAUAAUAUCAGUCCCCUCCAAUUGUCUUACACCAUUCACCUCCAAUACAAACAGUUCAACUGGCACUUGCUGAAACAAGCUUCGCAAGUUAUCUACUUACAUUUUUCUUUGAAGAAGCGAGCUAUACUUGAGGAAUUACAUGAGAAACAGGAGCAGGUGAAAGAAUGGCUUCACAACAUUGGAAUAGGAGAUCAGACAGCAGCUGUGAAUGAUAUUGUUGAACCUGAUGAUGGAUUUGUUUCCGUACCUCAUGAAGAUGGUGUUAAAAAUAGACAUAUUCCAUCCAGGGCUGCACUGCCAAUCAUUCAUCCAGCCCUGGGAGCACAGAAGAGCAUCUCAGAAAAUGCAAAAGUUGCAAUGCAAGGAUAUCUAAAUCACUUUCUGGGAAACAUAAAUAUUGUAAAUUCUCGAGAGGUCUGCAAGUUUUUGGAGGUCUCUAAGUUAUCAUUUUUGCAAGAAUAUGGUCCAAAGAUGAAAGAAGGUUAUGUCAUGGUCAAGCAUUUGGCAAGAGUUUCAAAGGGUGAUGAAUGUCACAUCUGUUGUUGGUUUGGCUGUUGUAACACCAGUUGGCAAAAGGUUUGGGCUGUAUUAAAACCUGGGUUCCUGGCCUUGCUGGAAGACCCUUUUGAUACCAAUCUUUUAGAUAUAAUCAUUUUUGAUGUGCUGCCAGCUUCAGAUAAAGAUGGGAAGGACCAAGUACAUUUGGCAGAGGAGAUAAAGGAACGCAACCCUUUACGACAUUCAUUUAAGGUUUCUUGUGGAGACCGGAGCAUAAAGUUCAGAACCACAAAUAAUACUAAAGUCAAAGUAUGGGUUUCUGCCAUCAACAAUGCUUCUCAAAAACCUCCCAAGGGUUGGAGUCAUCCUCACCGCUUUGGUUCUUUUGCUCCUCCAAGAGGUUUUAUUGAAGAUGGAAGUCAAGCUCAAUGGUUUAUAGAUGGCCAAGCAGCAUUUGAAGCAAUUGCUUCUUCUAUAGAGAAGGCAAAAUCAGAGAUAUACAUAUGUGGGUGGUGGAUCUGCCCAGAACUGUACUUGAGACGUCCUUUUCACAGUCAUGGUUCUUCCAGACUUGAUGCUUUACUUGAAGCAAAAGCGAAGCAGGGGGUCCAGAUUUAUAUUCUUCUCUACAAGGAAGUUUCUCUUGCUUUAAAAAUUAACAGCUCAUACAGUAAGAAGAGGUUGCUUGAUAUUCACAAGAAUGUGAAAGUAUUGCGCUAUCCUGACCAUUUCUCUACAGGCGUUUAUUUCUGGUCACACCAUGAGAAACUUGUGAUUAUCGAUUACCAGAUUUGCUUUAUUGGAGGACUAGAUCUAUGCUUUGGGCGUUAUGACACGACUAAACAUAAAGUGGGUGAUUGCCCUCCUCUCAUAUGGCCUGGAAAGGACUACUAUAACCCUAGAGAAUCUGAACCAAAUUCUUGGGAAGACACCAUGAAAGAUGAACUGGAGCGUGAAAAAUAUCCUCGCAUGCCCUGGCAUGAUGUCCACUGUGCUCUGUGGGGACCAGCCUGUCGUGAUAUUGCCAGACACUUUGUUCAGCGUUGGAAUCAUGCUAAGAGAAAUAAAGCUCCAAAUGAACAAGCAAUUCCAUUAUUAAUGCCACACCACCACAUGGUGCUCCCACAUUACAUGGGAAGAAACAGAGAGAUAAAUAUUGAGAGUGAUAGAGAAGUACUGCAGAAAGGCAUUAGCAGACAGGAUUCUUUGCCCUGCCAAUCACCAGUGGAAGAUAUUCCAGUGCUCUUGCCCCAUGAAGCUGAUGAGCUAGAUACUUCCUACCUGAAUGAUCAGUUAAUUAGACCGGGCAAAAAUCAAUAUCAACAUCAAUUUGAUCUGCUAACUGAGAUUGAUGAAAGUAUUUCAUUCCCCUUUCAAAGAUCAAAUAAGGGUGAAUCUUCAAUUCCAGAUAGACAGAUGAAAGGUACUGCUGAUGAUCUGAAUUUCAUGGACCUUCAAAGGGAAAUGAAUUUGGAUGUUGCGCCAAAGCCUGGCAUGCAAAUUUCAAAUGAUUGGUGGGAAAAACAAGAGCGAGGUUAUCAGAAUGUUUUGGAUAAAACUGCACCUGUUGGCCCUCGUACUCCAUGCUAUUGUCAGGUUGUCAGAAGUGUUGGCCAGUGGUCUGCCGGAACCAGUCAAACAGAAGAUAGCAUUCUUAAAGCAUAUUGUUCUCUCAUUGAGAAAGCACAGCACUUUGUUUACAUAGAGAAUCAGUUUUUUGUUUCAGGCCUUUCAGGGGAUGAAAGCAUACAGAAUCGCCUUCUUGAAGUAUUGUACAGACGAAUCUUGCUUGCUCAUAAAGAACAGAAGUGUUUCAGGGUGGUUGUUGUCAUACCACUUUUACCAGGUUUCCAGGGGGGUGUGGAUGAUGGUGGUGCAGCAACCGUAAGAGCAGUAAUGCACUGGCACUACCGAACAAUUUGCAGAGGAAAAAACUCAAUAUUGUACAACCUUAAUCAGUUGUUAGGAUCAAAAGUAGAUGAUUAUAUUUCUUUCUAUGGUCUUAGGACAUACGGUGCACUCUCUGAUGCGGGGCCUGUUGUCACAAGUCAGGUAUAUGUUCAUAGCAAAGUGAUGAUAGUUGAUGAUUGUGCUGCCCUGAUUGGAUCAUGCAAUAUAAAUGAUAGGAGUUUGCUUGGAUCAAGAGACUCUGAGAUUGCUGUAGUUAUUGAAGAUAAAGAGUUUAUCAAGUCAUCAAUGAAUGGGGAGUGUUGGGAUGCUGGAAAAUUUACUUUGAGUCUUCGGAUUUCCCUUUGGGCAGAGCACCUUGGUCUUCAUGUGGGAGAGAUUAGUCAAAUCAGAGAUCCCAUAGCUGAAUCUACAUACAAGGAUUUGUGGAUGGCAACUGCAAAGAAAAACACCAGAAUCUAUCAGGAUGUGUUUGGGUGUGUCCCCAACGAUCAAAUUAGCUCCAGGUCUGAGCUUAGACAAAGCAUGAGCUACUGGAAAGAGAAGAUCGGGCACACAACAAUUGAUUUAGGAGUGGCUCCUAAGGAGCUAGAAAUAAUUGAAGAUGGAGAAACCAAAGUGAUGGAUCCAAUGGAAAAAUUGAAGUCAGUCAGAGGAUAUCUGGUUUCAUAUCCCCUGGAGUUCAUGUCUCAAGAAGAUUUGAGACCCAUGUUUGCUGAGACCGAGUUUUAUACGUCCCCCCAAGUCUUCCACUAACCAACCAUACAGAAACACUUACAUACAUGGAUGGACCAACUAUUAUUUGUCAUCCAUUUGAUUGCUCUUCAAAAAGCAGUAAGACAAAAUUUUAGACACUGCUGCUGCUGCCGCCGCCGCCGCCGCCGCCGCUUCUACCCUACUUAUUUGUUGCAUGUUCAGCUGUCUAGAAAUCAGUAUUACUUGGGAGAUUAUGAACCUCUAGAUGUAUGCACAUCAGAGUGCCAAUAAUGUAAUCAAUCUUUUUAUUCUUUUAGUUUUAAGGUAAAAUAUUUUAUGAGUAAUGCCAAUCCGUGUUAAGGGCACUGGUUAAGGUACAAUUUAUUGCAUAUUAUUUCCAAAUUCAAACAAUUUCAUUAUUAAUUGAUAAAAUGUUUUAAACUAAUAUGAUAAA